GCGGGCGGUGGCGCGGAGGCCGGACCGGGCGGCGGCCCAGGCGGCGCGGGGGGCACGGCGGCCAAGGCGGGCGGCGCGGGCGACAUGACGGACAACAUCCCACUGCAGCCGGUGCGCCAGAAGAAGCGGAUGGACAGCAGGCCCCGCGGCGGGUGCUGCGAGUGGCUGAGAUGCUGUGGUGCAGGGGAGCCCAGGCCCCGCACGGUCUGGUUGGGGCACCCCGAGAAGAGGGACCAGAGAUACCCUCGAAAUGUCAUCAACAAUCAGAAGUACAACUUCUUCACCUUUUUGCCUGGGGUGCUGUUUAACCAGUUCAAAUACUUCUUCAACCUCUACUUCCUGCUUCUCGCCUGCUCCCAGUUCGUCCCCGAAAUGCGACUGGGAGCACUGUACACCUACUGGGUUCCCCUGGGCUUUGUGCUGGCCGUCACCAUCAUCCGAGAGGCGGUGGAGGAGAUCCGAUGCUACGUGCGAGACAAGGAAGUCAACUCGCAGGUCUACAGCCGGCUCACAGCGAGAGGGACAGUGAAGGUGAAGAGCUCCAGCAUCCAAGUUGGAGAUCUUAUCAUUGUGGAGAAGAACCAGCGGGUCCCUGCUGACAUGAUCUUCCUGAGGACAUCAGAAAAAAACGGCUCUUGCUUCCUGCGGACGGACCAGCUGGACGGGGAGACGGACUGGAAACUUCGGCUUCCCGUGGCCUGCACUCAGAGGCUGCCCACCGCUGCUGACCUUCUUCAGAUUCGAUCGUACGUGUAUGCAGAGGAGCCAAACAUCGACAUUCACAACUUUGUGGGGACUUUCACUAGAGAGGACAGCGAUGCCCCGAUCAGCGAGAGCCUGAGCGUAGAGAACGCGCUCUGGGCGGGCACAGUCACCGCAUCAGGUACUAUUGUGGGUGUCGUUCUUUACACGGGCAGAGAACUCCGGAGUGUCAUGAAUACCUCAAAUCCUCGAAGUAAGAUUGGCCUGUUUGACCUGGAAGUGAACUGUCUAACAAAGAUCCUCUUCGGAGCUUUGGUGGUGGUGUCUCUGGUCAUGGUCGCCCUCCAGCACUUCGCCGGACGUUGGUACCUACAGAUCAUCCGCUUCCUCCUUUUGUUUUCCAACAUCAUUCCCAUCAGUCUGCGUGUGAACCUGGACAUGGGCAAGAUCGUGUACAGCUGGGUGAUUCGCAGGGACUCGAAAAUCCCCGGGACCGUGGUUCGCUCCAGCACGAUUCCCGAGCAGCUGGGGAGGAUUUCCUACCUACUCACAGAUAAGACCGGAACUCUUACCCAGAAUGAGAUGGUUUUCAAACGGCUCCAUCUAGGCACCGUGGCCUAUGGCCUCGACUCAAUGGAUGAAGUACAAAGCCACAUUUUUAGUAUUUACACCCAGCAAUCCCAGGACCCGCCCGCUCAGAAGGGCCCCGCGCUCACCACCAAGGUGCGGCGGACCAUGGGCACCCGCGUGCACGAAGCUGUCAAGGCCAUCGCGCUGUGCCACAACGUCACCCCCGUGUACGAGUCCAGCGGUGUCACCGACCAGGCCGAGGCGGAGAAGCAGUACGAGGACUCCUGCCGUGUGUACCAGGCGUCCAGCCCGGACGAGGUGGCCCUGGUGCAGUGGACCGAAAGUGUGGGCUUAACACUGGUGGGCCGGGACCAGUCUUCCAUGCAGCUGAGGACCCCUGGUGACCAGAUCCUGAACUUCACCAUCUUGCAGAUCUUCCCUUUCACCUACGAAAGCAAACGCAUGGGCAUCAUCGUGAGGGAUGAAUCGACCGGGGAGAUUACGUUUUACAUGAAGGGAGCGGAUGUCGUCAUGGCUGGCAUCGUGCAGUACAACGACUGGCUGGAGGAAGAGUGUGGAAACAUGGCCCGGGAAGGGCUGCGGGUGCUUGUGGUGGCGAAGAAAUCUCUAGCAGAGGAGCAGUAUCAAGACUUUGAGGCCCGCUAUGUCCAGGCCAAGCUGAGUGUGCACGACCGUUCCCUCAAAGUGGCCACAGUGAUCGAGAGCCUGGAGAUGGAGAUGGAGCUGCUGUGCCUGACAGGGGUGGAGGACCAGCUCCAGGCGGACGUGAGGCCCACCCUGGAGACCCUGAGGAACGCCGGCAUCAAGGUUUGGAUGCUGACGGGGGACAAGCUGGAGACAGCUACAUGCACAGCAAAGAAUGCACAUCUGGUGACCAGAAACCAAGACAUCCACGUUUUUCGGCUGGUGACCAACCGCGGCGAGGCCCACCUCGAGCUGAACGCUUUCCGCAGGAAGCACGACUGUGCCCUAGUCAUCUCCGGAGACUCCCUGGAGGUUUGCCUCAAGUACUACGAGUACGAGUUCAUGGAGCUGGCCUGCCAGUGCCCGGCCGUGGUCUGCUGCCGCUGCGCGCCCACCCAGAAGGCCCAGAUCGUACGCCUGCUCCAGGAGCGCACGGGGAAGCUCACGUGUGCAGUAGGUGAUGGAGGCAAUGACGUCAGUAUGAUCCAAGAAUCUGACUGCGGUGUGGGUGUCGAGGGAAAGGAAGGAAAACAGGCUUCGCUGGCUGCGGACUUCUCCAUCACUCAGUUCAAGCACCUUGGCCGGUUGCUCAUGGUGCAUGGCCGGAAUAGCUACAAGCGCUCGGCCGCCCUCAGCCAGUUUGUGAUCCACAGGAGCCUCUGCAUCAGCACCAUGCAGGCUGUCUUUUCCUCCGUGUUUUACUUUGCCUCCGUUCCUCUCUAUCAAGGAUUCCUCAUCAUUGGGUACUCCACCAUCUAUACCAUGUUUCCUGUGUUUUCUCUGGUCCUGGACAAAGAUGUGAAGUCAGAAGUUGCCAUGCUGUACCCUGAGCUCUACAAGGAUCUCCUCAAGGGACGGCCGUUGUCCUACAAGACAUUCUUGAUAUGGGUUUUGAUCAGCAUCUAUCAAGGAAGCACCAUCAUGUACGGGGCGCUGCUGCUGUUUGAGUCGGAAUUCGUGCACAUUGUGGCGAUUUCCUUCACGUCGCUGAUCCUCACGGAGCUGCUGAUGGUGGCCCUGACCAUCCAGACCUGGCACUGGCUCAUGACGGUGGCCGAGCUGCUCAGCCUGGCCUGCUACAUCGCCUCCCUGGUGUUCCUCCACGAAUUUAUCGACGUGUACUUCAUUGCCACAUUGUCCUUCUUGUGGAAAGUGUCUGUCAUCACUCUGAUCAGCUGUCUGCCCCUCUAUGUCCUCAAGUACCUGCGAAGGCGGUUCUCCCCUCCCAGCUACUCGAAGCUCACGUCCUAGGCCGUGCACUCGGGAGAGGGCCCCGGUCUCCGCACUCUCCUGGCGGACAGAGUUCAAGUUGCAUUUCUGUUAACCACCACCCGUGGAUUGUGCAGUGGUGGCUCCCACGUGCAGUUCUGAUAGGAAGAGGCGCUGCGCUUCCACGGAGCCCGACACCGAAUAAACAGGAGAAUGGCGCCUAAGAGGGCCCCACACGGGGGUCUGAGCCCCUGGUGAUUCACAGUCGAGUGAAUGUGACUGUGUGAAAAGCGGUGACUCAGCCGGGAGGUGUGUUCAUGGGUCACUGUGCAGGCUUCCUUAUGGCUUGAGUGUUGUUGUCAUGUGAUAAAAGUUUCUGUCUAGUCGAAGGCAGUAGAGGGUUUUUUGGUUGUUGUUUUAAACAAUCCUAAUGUGUGUACACUUUUAUGUCGUUCUGCUCUUAAAAACCUGGUUUCAGAGAAAGGUAAAGCUCUCAGUAUAGGUUUUGGGGGAAAAGACGGUGACAUUUGGUAAAAAGUUAACCAGACAAUAAUCUCAAUUUGGAAAUGCUAAAUGUCCUCUCUAAGGCAGCCCUGCUUAUCGAAACGGCACUGGAUUCCUAGGGUUACAGAAAACCACGUGAGAAGAGAGCAGAAGAGAGAGAGAACCGUAAAUCCGGUACGUUAUCCUUCCUCCGAUUCAGCAUCUGUGGCCUUGGAGUUAACAUCACCUGUCACCUCGUAAAAGAAUUUCAAAGGUGUUAUCUUGCUUUGUUCGGAUCUGGUAACAAUUACAAAGCCUGUGGCUAUCUGAGGACACUCUGAGACAUUUUCAGCAGAGUUGUUUUAGCAGGAAACGUGCCACUGAACGGCCCCUAAAUGUGUCGACAGUGUGACAAGAGACUCAGCUAAUUCUUUAGGCAACGUAGCACAUGUGACUCAGACCCUCUGAGUCUGAAGUGGAAAGGUCAGGGACUGGGGCUCUUUACGUCCACAGAAAUCUGUUUCCUGUUAGGAGGAAUUACUGAGGACACAGUGACAAAGGCAGAGGCGUCUUAGCACACUGCCAUUCAUCAGUGGCAGCUUCGAGCGAGGAGCCCCGGUGGAAGGAGGCCCGGGCUGCAGCUCUGGGGUCUGGGCUCCGUUGCGCUGCCUACAGAUUUCAAGGGGAACUCGCUGGAAGGCAGCCAGGAGUAGAGAGUCCUCUCCCUACCAGGGUGGGGCCCACGCAUGUGUGUUUCCUAUAAAGCUGGGGCUUCUUGUUUCAGGGGAAGAAGAGCAUUUUCAGGCGCUGGAUGUGGCCCGGCAAAGCUUUCUUGGGUUUUCAAGUCUCUCCUGGCAGAAGCCACAUGUGUGUGCCAGAGGAUUGGGUUGGUGGGUCUGCAAGAGCCGAUCGUGCUCGAGAUCUUAGAUUUGUGGUUAAUUCUUUAUGAGUACAUACCCUCCAGCCCUUCAGCCUGGUUCUUCUUCAUGUGCUUCAGAGCUGUAAGUUAUGGCUACCACUCCAGGGUAAGCCUGCUCUUGGAGAGCUGGGGACACGAGGCCCUUGACUUUGGAGCACUCGAUAGGCUCGUGCAUUUCUGUUGCCCUUUUAAAACUUCAUAGAAUGACAGUAAGUUGCAGGCGCUGCGCAAUUGGCUAUGACGUCACUUCUAUUUUAGUUUCAAGAUUCUGCAGUUUUGCAGGAUUUUUCCCGUUCUGUCCCAGCCAUUUCUACCACAUAGAAAACAUUUACGGGAAGUAAAUGUUGUAUUGAAUGAAUGGUUAUUCAGGAAGGGGAUCUUUGUCCAAAACUUUGAGAAGGGGCGAGCAGGUCUGACGUCUUUGCUGGGUGAUUUUAUGUGAUUUCAGAGGUGGAGUGAGAGGACGUUGUGCUCAGCGUUUUUGUACCUGUGUGUCUUCUUGGAAGUCUGCCUGUAUAACUGGAAGUCUAAAGGUACUUCUACUCCCAGCUCUCAAACCCUGAACUUGACCUUGUUCACAGACAGGUGAUGGCUCCUACAGGUAGGUCUCAUGGAAAUUUUUAGAGGUUUCCAGCAGUGACAAGGAAGGAAGAUAGUCUCUUUGGUCUUUUCCUUAAUUCCCAGUUUUGAUCGAGGUGCUUGGGUUGACUUUGAAAGUCAACACCUAAACUCUUGCUUGGCAUCUGGGAGGGAGAGAGCGUCCCAGAGGAGCAGAAGAAGCUGUGCCUGGAGGUCGCAGGUGCGUUUGUGCCGUCAACAGACCCCCUCGUUCUGCCUUUCGACCGUACCCUGGUGGAGGCGGCCAAGGGUGAGAGGGACUGAAAUGCAAGUGGGGACCGUGACCGUGUUGGAGAGCCACCCUGCCAGGGGGCAGCCUGCUCCCACCGCCUUCCGGGGUCCGGAGUGUCUAGGAAAACACACGUGUGCGUCUCAAACUCUGGAGACCCACGUGGCGGGAGCCACGAGUCAGCUGAGUGUACACGAUCCUGACGUGCUCACAUCAGCCCAUAAUCCCAACAGAGGAUCUGCGUACACAGGCACGUCCCGUGUUAGCUUAGCUGUGGGGAGAAGACAAAGACGCAGACAAGAAAUCCAAGCCAUUUUAAGGAAACUGCUGAAUUCCUAAAAAGCAUAAGGAUGCCGUUCACCAGUCUGGAAGGAACUUGGGAAACACCGUUGACGCCUUGGAGGUCCCCUCGCCUUGGAACUCAGUGGCCCCAAGUCUCCGGCAGCCAGAGGCCCCUGGCACACCAUCAGCGCUGUUUAAACACUUCCCUCAAAGUGAAAGUUACACCUCCCCCUGCGCUUUGACAACAUUAGGUAUUUCUGUCAGAGUAACUUAAUUAUAUUAUUUGAUGAUUCUUUUUAUUAUAUUUUUUGGUGAUGGUUGUGUGUGUGGGAAAGCGAGGAAUCUGUUUGGUGUCUCUUUUUUCCUCCCUUUCUCUAGGAAAAUGACCAGACAAGUGUCUCCAUCUUGAGUGAUCUCUUGCAUCUGCCCGUUUCAGUGCUAAUUGGAGAGUGUGCACACGUGUGUGUGUGUUGCUUACGGUGCUCCGUGUGCACACACGUGUGUGUGUUGCUUACGGUGCUCCGUGAGACCAGCUGCACUUAUUUGGGUUGCUUGGGGUGGAGGACUUCACCCUAAAGCAACGAAGGGCAUCCCAGGGAGCAUCUUGAGAUGGGAGCAGACCAUCUGUUUACAGCCACCUGGAGCUGGGAGGCCCGGAGCUGGGCUUCCUCCCACUUUCAGCUUUAUUAUAGCCAGAUCCCAGACUCGCUUCCCUUAAGUGAAACCCUUUUUCGUAGCAGUGAUCUUAAAUACCAACAUCUGCUUACCCUUUCCUCCGUAUGUUUUCCACUGAAAAUUUAGGUUAUGCUGACAGUUUUUUUUUGUUUUUUGCGGUAGGCGGGCCUCUCACUGUUGUGGCCUCUCCCGUUGCGGAGCACAGGCUCCGGACGCGCAGGCUCAGCGGCCAUGGCUCACGGGCCCAGCCGCUCUGCGGCAUGUGGGAUCUUCCCGGACCGGGGCACGAACCCGCGUCCCCUGCAUCGGCAGGCGGACAGACUCUCAACCACUGCGCCACCAGGGAGGCCCUGUGACAGUACUUUUGAAUGUAUUUUGGGCUUUUGUGCUCAUUGGAAAUUGACACGAUCAUGCCUGUUUUUCUUUCUUUAGACUUUUGCUUUUAUACUUUGUUUUGUUUUUCCCGGGGUGGGGAUAGGAAUGCCCUUGCACGUUUAUGGGGCAGCAUUUUAAACCUGCGUGAGAAUUGCAGAUGGGACCUACGUGUUCUUCCGCUCCAUCUUACUUAAGGCCAACACCUAUCAGCCAUUUUGAUCUUGGAUCUUUUUGGUGUGUUUGCAACGUGUGUAUGUGUGAGUAUGUGAUGUCACCUCAAGUGUUUUGAAGACAUACUUGGUUUUCACUGCGUUAAAAUCCUAUCACUCACAGUUUUGUUUUUCAUUAAGAAAUAUACAAGGAGCUUUGCAAAGACAACAGACUUUAUUUCUCCCCCCUUCUUUUAACAUAAAGCUUUUUAUUUGAUUGUUUAUAUAUAUGUCUUAGGAAAUAUUUCCAUUAAUUAAGUCCAUUGUGUCUUGGAAAAAUAUCUAUGUUAUGCUCUUGGAUGGAACCGAUAAGCACGUGAGCAGCACUGCAGUACUUGGAGAUGCUCAGCGUCUUCUCACACCAGCGCGGCGUUCCUGGGAAUCUGUCUUCUCCGUCACAGUAUUGGUUGGAGACACAGUCUGUUGGUGUCGCUGGGCGAUGUCAGUGAACAGUGUGUUUGCUGGGGGGCAGGUGGGGAGGGGGCGUGGUAUUUGCAAAAAAACAAAAAUUGUGGCUCAUUUAUUAUUGUGUUGCCAUGGGGCUGACUGUGAAUUCCUCCGGGACUCUGACGUCCUCAUUAGUAGAUUAUCUGUAAUUCUCAUGGCAAAUACUCACCAGGACAGCGUUUUUUGAUUAGAGGGAAGUGAUAGUACAGAGCUUUAAUUUAGCAGGAGCUCCCAGAUGAUUUAAAUUCUUGAUCCUGUGAUGACACACAUGUGAUCCUGCGAGAUUCUGAGCGGUUCUCUUUUCAUUGUCUGCCAGCGUGGCCCGUUGCUGUUGCUCAAUAAAACUUGUGUACUUUAUGCCUUUGGGGAGCAUUUUAAUUUGUGCAAGGACGUGAAACUCUGGUGUCAAAAUGAGAGCUUGUUAUUAUAAUGCUAUGUUGUAUGUAUCUCAUGGUACAUAAAAUGUAAAUAGCUUUUUCUCCAGGUAAAGAAUAUUUUAAUUUCAGCCAAAAAAACCCCCAAACCCAUGCAUUAUUUAUUAUUCUGUACUGUUGUCUAUUCCAGAUAUGUUAGAAUUUCCAAAAGUGAUCUAUAUAAAAAAAGCGAACAUAUUUUAUGAUUCAUAUUGUAUUUAUACACCCAGUCUUUGAUUGCUUUGUAUAGAUUUUUUUUUUUAUAAUCAAGUGAUAGAAGAUUUAGGAACCCAGUCACUUAAGUUUUAGGGAAAAGAGGUUUUUAAUCUAUUGUAUAGGAUACAGAGGACAUGGUAUUUUAUUCAUCUAAUCCGGUAAUUCUCAGCCAGAGGUGACUGUGGCCUGCAGGGGACAUGGGGCAAUGUCUGAAGUCACUUUUGGUUCUCGCAACUUGGAGGGGUGGUGGUCUGCUGGCAUCUAAUGAAGACUGCACAGGGCAGCCCCGCAGCAGAGGAUCAUUCAAACCGACGUCAAAAGUGUUGAGGUUGAGAAACCUACAUACAAUCUGCGAGCGUCAGUUUUGCCGUUUGUAAGAGUCUGUCUUCGUUUCCAAAGGAGCCCAGCAGCUGUAAACUCGUCUCAAGAAGCUGAUUAUACAUCCAACUGGCCAAAUGUUUUAAUUAGACGCUCUUUGCAGUGCGGGCUACUGGCUUCCUCUCCCUGGCUCUCCGCUGAGAGGGCCGUUCUCAGUUUAUGGAGUCGAGAGGAGAUUGUACAUUAGCUGUGCCUCAGUCAGGAGCGGCUCCCCGGGCACGUGGAGGAUGCAUGCGCUCAAGAGCAGAGGGCAGUACUUUUCCUUAGCCGCGUGCCGUCGAUGUAAAGUCUUCAGACCGCUUUUACCUGCUGUGAAAUUCCAUGAAUGUGCAGACACUCCUCCAUCCGAGCCGCUAGGGGGAACUUGAGGAUCAAAAGACAUUUCUUGUUUCCUGUUUUCUCCAGCCUGGCGGGCCCAGCAUACCUAACUGUUACGUUUCAAGACGCUGCUUUCAUAGCUUCAGAAUUUAUUUCAUGGCCAGCGGCUCCGUUAAAAACAGACAUUUCUUUUUAUGUUGUUGACCAGACUAUUUUGCUGGACUUAGCUUGGGGAAAAAAAAGAAAAAAAGAUGGGGGCGGGGAUGAGAUGAAUAUUUAUUUGAUCUCAGAUAUUUGCAUUUUUGAAUAAUUGGCAACUGGGAAUCCUUGCCCUCCGCACUCUUCAGGCUCAUAAGGUUUAGAGACGAAAUGUCCCAACACCUCAAGUACUUUAACUGUUUUUGUUACGAAACUUUUCAGGGUGACAUGAAACCCUGCAGUAUUUGUGAGCUGAUCUGUAAAUGAUGGAUUUGCUCACCUCAAAAUAGAACUGUAGUCGCUCCAAACUUUCCACAAGUUGGAGCACAGUAACAGAAUUCAUUCAGGACUUGCUAAUUUCCUACUUUAAAUGGGUUACAUAACAGAACAGUCCCUCCUUUGCGCCUCUCAAAACUACCCUUGAAGUGAUGGUGAAAUGUAUCGUUAAAAGCUAGAAAUAGCUUUGCUAAACUCUGGGAAAACGAUGAGGUUUUUUUUUUUUU